AUGUUGGUGUUAUAUAUUUCACUAGUUCUGACGUUUUUCGUUUACCUAUUGUAUUUGUAUUUCACAAGGACUUUUAACUAUUGGAAAAGCAGAAAAGUUCGCGGUCCGCAACCAACUGUGUUCUUUGGAAACAUAAAAGAGUCAGCUCUGCGUCAAAAAAAUAUUGGCGUCGUCAUGCAAGAAAUAUAUAAUAAGUAUCCCAAUGAAAAAGUAGUUGGUGUUUUUAGAAUGACCUCUCCUUGUUUGCUUAUACGAGACUUGGAUAUCCUGAAACAUAUCAUGAUCAAGGAUUUCGAAGUGUUCACUGAUCGUGGCAUUGAAUUCAGCAAGGAAGGUCUGGGACAAAACUUAUUCCAUGCUGAUGGACACACAUGGACAGCAUUGAGGAAUCGUUUUAGCCCAAUUUUUACAACCGGUAAAUUAAAAAAUAUGUUUUAUUUAAUGAACGAAGGUGCAAACAAUUUUGUGGAGCAUAUCACCACAGAGUGCCAGAAGAAGGAAGAAUUUGAAGUCCAUUCUCUUCUCCAAACUUACACGGUCUCGACAAUAUCUUCCUGUGCUUUUGGAGUUGGCUAUGACAGUCUAGAUGACAAAUUGGAAACGCUUAAACUUGUGGAUCAAAUAAUAUCAGCACCAACAUACGCCAAUGAAUUAGACAUGAUGUAUCCAGGACUUCUUACAUCCCUAAAUCUUUCUAUUAUUCCGGUACCUAUACAGAAAUUUUUCAAAAACCUCGUCGAUAACAUUAUUGCUGAAAGAAACGGUAAACCAACUGGCAGAAACGAUUUUAUGGACUUAAUACUAGAACUUCGUGAAAUGAGGGAAGUUAAUUACACAAAAUAUGGAAAUUACGUAAAACCUCUUGAAAUAACCCCUGACGUAAUGGCAGCACAAGCUUUUGUAUUUUAUGUGGCAGGAUAUGAGACUAGUGCUACCACGAUGUCCUACCUGAUGUAUCAACUAGCACUGAACCAAGACGUUCAAAAUAAAUUGAUAGCUGAAAUUGAUGAAGUUGUUCAAGCGAACAAUGGAGAAGUUACAUACGACAUCAUUAAGGAAAUGAAAUACUUAAACAAAGUAUUUGAUGAAACUCUUCGUAUGUAUUCAAUUGUAGAACCUCUGCAAAGGAAAGCCACAAGAGACUACCAAGUGCCUGGAACUGACCUGGUAAUAGAAAAGGGCACAAUAGUAUUGAUAUCCCCAAGAGGUAUACACUACGACAAGAAAUAUUACGACAACCCCGAACAAUUCAACCCUGACAGAUUUGAUCCUGAGGAAGUUGGUAAGCGUCAUCCGUGCGCUUACCUACCAUUUGGACUUGGACAACGAAACUGCAUCGGCAUGCGAUUUGGCAGACUCCAAUCUCAGUUAUGCAUUGUAAAGGUUUUAUCUAAUUUUCGAAUAGAACCGUCGAAGAAUACCGACAGAAAUCUAAAAGUGAGCCCACACCGAGCCAUCAUUGGACCGAAAGGAGGGAUCCAUUUGAAUAUUAUUCCUAGAAAGUUAAAAGCCUGA